AUGCCGAGCUGCUUCACCGGCAGCACUUUCAGCGGGUAUGGAGCGACGUCCGGCAUCCCCGGCCAGGGGUAUAGCUACUCGACGAUAACCUCUUCCGUGCCGUCGGCCCCGCGCCGGGGCGCGGGGAACUCGUGCACCGGAGCCAUGGCAACGCUCCGUCGGACCUCGCUCAACGCCCAGGGGCGCCCGGUGGUCGACAGGCGCUACUCGCCACCUCUGCGGGAACGGGUAGAGACGAACCCCCCGUCGAGGUACGCCUCGCUGCCGUCGGGCUUGGCGGUGCCCCGAGCGGUGCUGAACAAGGGACCGAUCAGGCCAGACGCCUUGUCGGCGGGAGCGACGAGGAAACCCGCGCGGCGCAUUGUGCCGCCCAAGCCCCCGCCGCCGACCUGUGAGGCUGCCCCGGGGAAACCGCAGGAAAGGAGGGCGCACGGGCCGAGAGGCUACCCAAGGGCUGAAGGUGUCGAGGUGCCAGAGCCUCCACCGACCGCGCAGAGCUCCAGACCGCAAGCUGCCAAGGGGGGCCGCCGCCAGGAGAGUGGAGCGUCGUCGUCCAAGGCGAAGCCCAAGUCGAAGAGCAUAUGGGGUUGUUUUAGUUGA